GCUGCCGAAGCACUAAUGGAGCAAAAAGACAUGAGAAGGGUACCCAAACCUCUCAUGGAGAAAAGGAGGAGAGAUCGCAUUAAUCAAAGCCUAGAAACCUUGAGAAUGCUUUUACUUGAGAACACAAACAAUGAGAAACUCAAGAACCCUAAAGUGGAAAAGGCUGAAAUCCUGGAAAGUGUUGUGCAUUUUCUGAGAGCUGAACAAGCAUCAGGAACUGACCCUUUUCAAAUCACCAGGGUAAAAAGGGCACGCACAGAGGAGAGUGAUGAGGAUGUGGGAUCACCAUGUAAACGCCAGAGCUACCAUGAUGGAAUGAGGACAUGUCUCCUACGAGUAAGCAAUUUUAUUGCUGGCAAGAGCCACGAGUUUGGCCAGGAACUGGACAAAGCAUGUGGAAACAUUCACAAAUCGCACUCAAGCCAAGUUCAGCUGCUGUCCACAUCAUCUCACAUAGAAACUCAGGUGCAUCUCUAUGAGGAUCCAUCACAGCAGCAUCUCGCUCAUGUCCAGCUGAGUAAUUCUUGCACACCAUCUGGUUGUUCAAAGCUUGCACAAAGAACUGCCCCCGCCAUGACUUCAAGUCCUAAGCAACCUGUAAUGCUCUGUGACCCCGUCUGGAGGCCUUGGUAGAAGAUCAUGGCCUAAGUCCCUGUGUGGCUCUCCAAAGACUGAAAAGAUCAGCUAGGUCUACUAAGUGUGGGAACAACACUGUUGGGGCAACAGGCCGAGAAAUUUGUAAAUGUUCAGCAUGUGUAAAUAUGUG